AUGGCUGGAUGUGAUGAUUUAAUUCGUGACUACUGGUUACGUGAAAGAAGUAUUAAUCCAUUGGCUUCACCAUUGGGUUCCUCAAGAAUUUUGGUAGGUUCUGGAUGGUUCCGAUUUCGAUCUGAAAGUGAACAAACAAAUAGUAUGGAUCUUAUGCCUGAUAUCACUCAAAGUAAUGUAACAUUUGCAAACAUGAUGAGAAAUGCUGAAAAUGUUAUAUCAGAUGAAUCAAAUAAGAUGAAUAUUGACAAUGUAGAGACAACUUUACCUAAUGUGAAAACAAAUAAACGGAAGAAAUCUGUCGAUUUUAUGACGAGAACGGAAGUUAUUCAAAAUAAUAAUAUGGAGAUAUCUGAAAAUGAUUUGAAUGAAGUAGGCUUGAAACCAAAUAAGAUUAACAAAUCGGAGAAUCCCUCAAAACAUAUUAAUAACGAUAGUGAGUCUAAUGAAGCUGGUAUAAGAUCAAAUAAGCGAAAUAAAUCCAUGAAUUUCGAAUUAGAAACAAACAAUAUUCCAAGCUUCAAUAAUUCGGAGUCUACUGAUAAAGUCAAUAAUUUGAAUAAAGUCAAUAAUUUGGAUAAAGUCAAUAAUUCGAAUAAAGUCAAUAAUCCGGAUAAAGUCAAUAAUUCGGAUAAAGUCAAUCAUCUGGAUAAAGUCAGUCAUUUGGAUAAAGUCAAUAAUUUGGAUAAAGUCAAUAAUUUGGAUAAAGUCAAUCAUUUGGAUAAAGUCAAUCAUUUGGAUAAAGUCAAUAAUUUGGAUAAAGUCAAUCAUUUUGAUAAAGUCAAUCAUUUUGAUAAAGUUAAUAAUUUGGAUAAAGUUAAUAAUUUGGAUAAAGUCAAUAAUUCGGCGUCUACCGAUAAUGAUCGUUGUCUUUUAGCUUUUGCGAUUUCCAACGACAUUUGUCGUUUCCUUCAACUCAGGGAAAAACCAAAUGUUCCAUUAAUCCUUCUUGAAAAGACAUUACUUUCCCAACCAACAUCGUCUGAAAACUCUAAAUAUCAAACAAUACUUCCACGACAAAUAUUGGAUGAUAAUAUUGAUUUACAAAUGUGUGAAAUUUAUCUCAAUUUUAUGGAAUACUUUAAGCUUUUAGAAAUUUGUAAAAAUACAGGUGUCAAAAUUUUGCUUUUUGCCCCAGAUCCAAAGCAAGUAAGAGAUGAAGGUGGUCAGGUAACUAUAAAAGAAAAUUUAGAAGUAAUGGAGAUGAAACAUGUUUUGAAUUGUUUGGGUGCUACCUGUGUAAAUAAAUACAGUGAUGAUAUUCAGUACGUUCUGAAAAAUAUGAAAUACCUAAUCUUCAAAAAUCAAAAUUCUACCAAAAUUCUUGAUGAACUAGCCUCCCAAGCAGAGGAUUCUGUCUACAUAAAUAACUCUAUUAAGGUUAAUCCCAAACUUCUCGACCAAAUGAAGCAACUUACUUCACAAUUGACUCGAGUUGAAAAUCGGUUAAAAGAAAUGGAAGAGAACUAA